GAGAAGUCGAAUGAAAUUGCAAAAAUGUCAAUGUAACGUCAAAAUUGAUAGUAGUGAAAUGUGAGUGUUUUCAAAAUUUACCGUAUUUCUCCUCAACAAUAUGUCGAAGGGAUAUAAAAUAAUCCAAAAUAAUAAACGAUAUCAAGGAUUCGACGAACAACACAAUAUGAACGAGCAUAUCAAUGGUGUGAUGUGUGCUAUUCACAGUGCGGCAAAUUUUGACAGGAAUUUUCCUUGUCCUCAACAUCAGAGUCUCCAAAUAUGUGCUACUCCGAAUAACUACGGUUUAGAAAAUAAAAGAACUAUUAGCGCCAAAGGUAGAACAAGAAGUAAAAGUCCAAUUAAGGGCGCAACCAAAAAAAAAUCCGUAAGUUUUCCAUGUCAACAAUGGUCCACGACGCUCAAAACAUCCACUAAUCAUAUCUGUAAGGAUACUGGAGAUGCCCCAUAUCCUGUUAAUAUAGAGUCAAUAGGAUUGAAUGUUGAAAAGGUUAACAGUUGUCCCGAUCGAACAUGCUCUCAUAUCUCAAAUCAACCCAUAAAAGGUUGUUCCAUAAAAUCCCUAAGUACAAUGGAAGUGUCAAAUUCGCCUAUCUAUUCUCAAGAUGCUAAGCAGAACUUUUGUCCAGAAUCGGUGGUAAUCGGUCUGAAAGAUGAAAUCGAGAAGGUAAAAAGCCAGCUGGAGCAAAUAUCUACAUCUAAUUCUGAUAAGUUCAAAGUGGGUGGCAAGGGAGAACCUGAAAAACAAAUCUCUCAACUGAAAGCCGAGAACAAGCAAUUGAAAAAAGAGUUAGAGCAGAAGAAAAAAAUGUACUUAGCUUCAGUGAGAGAUGUUGAAAGAGCCAAGGAUAUUUUGGGUGACUAUGAAAAAAAAGUUAUUCUACUGCACGAACAAGCUAUUCAGUCUUCCAAAGUCAUGAAGCAAAGUAAAGACAAGUUUUGCAAAUGCAUCAACCAGAAGGAAAAUGUUAUAAAAGAACUCAAAAAGAACAACGAAACUUUCCUUCGGACGAUUGAGGAAAAAGAAAACAAAUAUAACGAAUUGAGUAAAGCUCUCGAAAAUAUGCAAGGGCUCUUCCAGGAAAAUAAUGAACAGUACUCCACUUUAUCAGACAGCAAUAAAUAUUUUGCUGAAGCGAUUAAAGUCUUGGAAAAACAACUCAAUAAUUCACUAACGGAAACUGAACAGUACAGAGAAGAGGUUAAAAAGCUGGAGCAGCAAAUAGCAGACUUUGAAUGCAAAACUUGUUCAGAAAUGGAAGCGAAAUCAAGAAAACAAAAAGAGAAAUACACAAAUCGGAUAAAAGAGCAAGAAGGAAAAGAAAAGAUUUUAAAGGAAAAAAUAACAGAAUUAUCUUCUCAGAUGGAAGUCGUUAAUGCUCAAAAGUCGUCGUUUGAACAAUUGCAAAAUCAGUGCAAUGAGUUGCAGGCAAAAAUUUUGGAAUAUGAAAAAUAUGCAAUAAAAUAUGCUACACUCGAAAAAAAAUACCAACAACAGUGUGAACUGGCAGUAGAAAACGAAAGAAAUUACGAAACAGAACGCGAAGAAUUAAAAAAUUUAGUAGAGGAACUAACUAAUGUUGUUAAGCAAAAUAAAAUGACACUUCUUCAAUUGUCUGACAUCAAUAAACAUCAAGAGGCACUAAUUGCAUCCCAAAGUGCUAUUUUACUGGAAAAGGAAGAAAUGAUAAAGAUGGCUGAAAGCGAAAUAGAAAUGUUGAGGAAUAGAAGUAUGGAACUCGAGAACGAAAUAGACGACUUAAGGAAAUCUCUGGAAGAACCAUGCUCUAAGGAAACCUGCAUUUCCCUAGCCGAAGAAUUGGAAGAAUUGAAAGUUGCCUUGAGCAGGGAGAAAGACAAUGAACUGGUUCAAGAAAAAAUUAUACAGGAUCAAUCUCAGACGAUAGCUAAUUUGCACAGUCAAAUAAAAGAAAAAAUUUCGGAACUAAGUAGAGCUAGAGAAGAAAGUAAUAUCGCUGAGGAGGAAAUCAAUAAAAUUAACGAUGUUUUGAUAAAGAAGCAUAAAGAAUUGGAGAAGGAAAUGAGUGAAAAGGAUCAUCUCCUACAAAAGUUGAGAAAACUGGAAUCUCAGAAAACAGCUCUUACUCGUGAAAUGAUGGAAUUGGAAAAAGUCUUAGAUCGGUACUGUGAAGAGAAAAGUGGUGAUGAAAGUCAACAAAUGGCCAUUGCGAAACUUCAGAAAGAAGUGGCAGAACAAAGUCGCGAGUGGGAACUACAGAAAGCCAUAUUAGCCGAUGAAAAGGAAAAGGCUGUUAAAGCCGCUAAAUUUGCCACCCAAAAAUUAAUAGACACGGUUGCCGAUUUUCAGAAACAAGUUGAUGCUCAGAAGAAGGUGCAAUUAAUGUUGACUAAAAUGUUGCACGAUAAAGAAGAAGAGCUACAGAUCAUACAUUGGAAGAUAUCUUCCAUAAAUUCUCUAACGAAUAAAACAGAAGAAGAUUUCCCUCUCAACGAGAUUUACAGGAGAAGUCGAAGUUUGGACAUUUCAAAUCUUGCAACAAACUCAUCAUUUUAUUCGUCGUGUUCAAAUUGUUGCCCAAAACAUAAGCCUUGUGGAAGUAACUGUCCCAGAAAAGAUCUGCAUGAACUUUUUGAAAUGAUUACCAGAACCGAAGAGCCAAUCAAGGAUAUUUAGUCAUUUAUUAUUAUUUCUCGUUUCAAAUGUAUUUUGUUCCAUAAUUCAUCGAUCGAAUGAAAUUAAAUGUUCAAAAGCAGUAGA